AUGAUCCGCAGAGAAGCCAGACUCCGGCGUGAAUAUAUCUACCGGAAGACGUUAGAAGAGAAGCAACGAGCACUAGAAGAUAAGCGAAGCACGGUCGUUGCCGCCAUCGAGUCACAAAAAACGAUCCCCAAUGAUUUGAAGAAGGAUGCCCUUGCACUACAGAAUGGAGCUGAUUGGGGCGGACAAAUAAACGAAGUUGAUGACGAAUAUCGCUGGGCGGGUGCCACGGACCCGAAAGUUGUGAUUACUACAAGCCAUGACCCCUCAUCGUCGUUGAAAGUGUUUUCAAAGGAAAUGAAGCUGAUUUUCCCCAAUGCCCAGCGUAUCAAUCGUGGUAAAGCCGACAUCAAGCACAUUUGCCAAGCCUGCAAAGCCAACGAUGUCACAGAUCUAAUCAUCCUGCACGAAACUUCCGGGAGGCCGGAUGGGAUGGUGGUCUGCCAUCUUCCCUUCGGCCCAACCACCUAUUUCACACUUUCCAACGUUGUCAUGCGACACGAUCUUCCUGAUUGCGGAAAGAUGUCCGAGCAAUACCCACAUCUCAUCUUUCACAAUAUGGACACCAAGAUUGGCAUGAGGUUGACGAACGUGCUGAAACACCUCUUUCCGGUGCCGAAACCCGAGGCGAAGCGGAUUAUGUCUUUCAUCAAUAAUGACGAUUUCAUCUCGUUCCGGCAUCAUGUCUACAAGAAGGUUGAGGGAGGUGAGAUCGAAUUGGAAGAGGUCGGGCCAAGAUUCGAGUUGAGACCGUACUGCAUCAAACUGGGCACCCUGGAGAACAUCAAGGCGGCCGAGGACGAAUGGGUGCUGCGCAACUUUAUGCGCACCAGUCACAAGCGCCAGUGGCUGAGCAGUGGAAAGCACGAUGAGGACUUUGAAGACGAAUUGCCCGAUAUC